AUGGUUAGUGGUAGUGGCGGUGGUUGUGGUGGAUUCGGGGGUUGUGGUGGUGGUUGUGGUGGUAGUGAUGGUUCAAAUUUAAAUAUUAUCAAUGUUGAUAUUGAUAUUGGUCGUCGUAGAUGUUGCUAA